GUAAAAAAUUAUAAUAAUCUGCUGUAAUGCACCUCUAUGUUGGGUUUGUGCGUUUCCAACAGGAUGUACUGGUGGCUUGUCUUGGACUCAGAUGGCGCGCGCGUGUUGUAAAAUAGCGCAGUCUGAUUGGUCAGUUUCCCGGUUCGAAUUAUUUGAAAAGCAGCAGAAAGGAAAUAGAUAAGUGCACAUUCUUCAGAGGAAAAGAAAUAAUGAAGCCACAAAGAGGAAAGACACCCAGGAAAUUCCCUCGUCAGAAUUCACAGCCAAAGGACCCAGUGGAGGUUUAUUGUCGCAUCAGACCACCAGAUGAUCCAAAUAUAGAGACCUGUGUGAAACUACUGGAUGAAAGAACUGUCCAGAUCAGCCCAUCAGAGAAUUCCCAGGCUUACAAGAAUGGUGUCUACAAAGAGACCCAGUAUGCCUUCAAGUAUGUGUUUGACGAGUAUGUUUCACAGAAGGCCGUGUUUGACACUGUGGCCUCUCCACUUGUGGAGGACUUGCUCAGAGGGAAGAAUGGUUUGAUGUUCACCUAUGGCGUGACAGGCUCCGGCAAGACGUACACCAUGACAGGGAAACCCUCAGACCCUGGUACUCUGGUCAGGUCUCUGGAUAUGAUCUUCAACAGCAUCUCCUCAGUACAGGCCAAGAAAUAUGUGUUCAUGCCAGACAAAAUGAAUGGCUAUGAUGUCCAGACAGAGGCUGACGCCAUGGUGGAGAGACAGAAGCGAGACGUCAUGCCCAGGUUCGAUGCCCCACGCACCCCCGCCACACCAAAGAACAGCAAGAAGACUGAGUUUGGCGAUGCCCCCAGGAUCACAGACCCAUCCAGGGUGAAUGAUAUUGAGGAGGAUAACAACUAUGCAGUGUUCGUGUCCUACAUUGAGAUUUAUAACAACUACAUCUAUGACCUUCUGGAGGAGCUUCCUUAUGACCCAAUUACAGGCUACAGAGCGCCCAACUCCAAGAUCCUGAGGGAAGAUGGUGACCGCAGCAUGUAUGUGAGCAACUGCACAGAGGUUGAGGUGAAGAGUGCUGAGGAAGCCUUUGAUGUUCUUCUCAAAGGUCAGAAAAGAAGGAAGGUGGCUCACACUGCUCUCAAUACAGAGUCCAGUCGUAGUCACAGUGUGUUUAACAUCAGACUGGUGCAGGCUCCCCUGGAUCCUCUUGGGGAGGAGGUUUUACAGGACAAGUCUCGGGUGUGCUCCAGUCAGCUAGCCCUGGUAGACCUUGCUGGAAGUGAGAGAUUAGUGAGGACAAACAAUGUUGGGGACAGGCUGAGAGAAGCUGGUAACAUCAACCAGUCUUUAAUGGCACUCAGAGCGUGCAUGGAUGCAUUAAGAGAGAAUCAGCUUCUAGGAGCUAACAAGAUGGUGCCAUACAGGGACUCCAAACUGACCCAUCUCUUCAAGAACUACUUUGAUGGUGAAGGGAAAGUCCGCAUGAUUGUCACCGUUAACCCAGCAGCCAAGGAGUAUGACGAGACAGUGCAAGUGAUGAGAUUUGCAGAGGUGACCCAGGAGGUCCAGGUGGCCAGACCACAGCAGGUCCAGUUUGACUAUGGACUGGCCAAGGGACGCAGGAGGAUGAACCAGCAGUACAAGGAGGCUAUGACCAAGAUGGGGGAAGAAGGAAGCACCUCCCAGAAGACACUGGCUUACAGCAUGGGUCCAUCAUUUCCAGCAUUACAGUUGCUUGAUCCUAGUGAUGAAAGCGUCAUAGUACCCCUGAUACAGUUCUUGGCUGAGAGGGAAAUGAGGAGGAACACUUUAAUAACAGAUCUGAACAGUAAAUCUAGAAUACAUGCACAAAGUUUGCUUGAUCCUAGUGAUGAAAGCGUCAUAGUACCCCUGAUACAGUUCUUGGCUGAGAGGGAAAUGAGGAGGAACACUUUAAUAACAGAUCUGAACAGUAAAUUUGAUCAGUUCCGUGCCCAGUUGUUGAAGACAGAGAAGGAGAACAUGGACCUGAGGCAUCGCAAUGAUGAGCUUGAAAAUCUGCUCGGAAAACGCGACAACAGCUUUGAGCGGGUGGAGAAGAAACUGCGCAGCCUGCAGAAGAGUCACGAUCAGCUGGAGAGGAAGAAUACUCAGUUUGAGAACAUGAAACGGGAGCUGGAGACAGAGCUUAAUGAAAAAGACUGGAAAAUCCUCAGAGAAAAGUCAGAAAGGGAAAGGAUGAAAUCUGAGUUUAAGAGCAAGAUGGUACUCACCCAGCAGCACAUGGAGGAUCAAUUGGAAAAAGAGAAGAGGAAAAUUGAAGAAGAAGCAGAGGCCCAGCUCUGGCAGAGAGAGCGCACACUGCAAGCCUUGAAGUCCAUCAUAGAUUCUAACGAAAUUGAUACCCCGACUCAACCACCAGCCAAGGCACCAAGGCGAGGCCCAGCUGUGGCCCCUAAGCCGCGCUACAUGACCUCCACCAUCGCCUCCAGGGUGCAGACCAAGUCCGACCAGGACCUGCGCUACACGGGGAGGACGCCCAAGCCUGCCACCAGGUCAGGAAGGACGUAUGGUCCCAAGGCCACUGAGAGGAGGGCUCCAUCUCCACCACCCAAAGGGUCCCAGCCAGUGUACAACCCUAAGGCUCACAGACGCUCCAAGUCUUCCCAUGAGGUGUGGCUAGAACACAAACCUGCAGGAACUAUAGAGCUGGAUACGGUGCUGCAGCCCAACCUGCGAAAGAAGAAGUCUGUCAGUAAGCUGGAGGUGAAGGACACCAUGACUGCCUCCAAGUACAUUCUUCAGCACCAGGAGCAGGCCUCGGACGGGGAGAUGCAGACCAAACUGUAUAAGGCCAAUGUAGUCCCCACUGCUGGUGGUGGUGCAAGUGUGGUCUUCAAUGACGUGGAGACCCUGCGACAAAUAUCUCCUGGUACCAGAAAGCGCAGGUCCCCACAGCCCAAGGCAGAGGACUUUGAGGGUCAGUGGACGGACACGGAAGACCGGUGUGCAGUCGCUUUGGAGGGACAUGCCACAAAGAGGUCCAAAUUCUCUGGUGUGUGAAAUCUCUCGUGGAGUCAUACUGCCUUGGGUGCACUACUUGGAACAACUGUCAGAAAUCCACUUAUGGAGGACCUCAGUUUUCAACCAUAGAUGGCACCUACUUCAAUACAGGACAUGGGACUUAGCUCCGUUGUUGGCAUUUAUGCUGCUUUUCUAAUUUUGUACAUAUUAUUUAAUCAUGUCACUUAUCAUAUUUAACAGCUGUAAUUUGACAGGUUUAAGACUUAGACAUGUUUUAUAAACAAAAGAUUUUAGAGAAACAUUUACAGCUUCAUCAAAUAUCAAAAAGAUGUGUUUACGAAAGUCCAAGCGAUCAUGCACAGUUCUUUUAGUUAUAUGAAAUAGAAAAAAAAAAGAAAUUUCAUUUAAGGGAAAUGAGUACGAUCAGAAAAUGUGCCACAGGAUGGGGAUCUUUUGUUUUGAUAUAUUGCUUUUAAAUGAAUAACUUUUUACUAAGAUGCAGGAAAUAAUUCAAAGAUACUUUCAUAGCAUUAUUUUAAUAUUAUUUUGAAAUUAUCUUAUUACACAAAUUAAACCUCUACAGUUUUGAUUAGCAUGUGUAUAGUAGACUUUAUUGGAUUUAGUUAAACUUUUUAGAUAUAUUUUCACAAUAGAAAGCAUGAAAUGUUAUCUCGAGGUGGAAAAAAAAUCUCCAAAUGCAUUUUGAUGUAUGUAUGUGUGUUCUUGUGUGUAUGAUUGGGGUAAAUGUGAACUUUUAACUGCAGCCCUUUU